GAGGGGAGACAGCCUGUUGCUCAUGAUCAUCGAAUAACCUCCUCGUACUCCACAAGCCUAGUCUCUGUGCAUAGAUGGAGCCGAGUUAAACGAGGCUGCAGCAGAAGCUGAAAACACAUUUCGCAUUUUCGUUCAUGUGCAUUCUUCUCAGCGCCUUGAGCAAACUAACAGCUGCUGAGGAACUGAUUCAGGAGCACAGUGACAGUCUGAUGGUGGCAGAUUGAGCACAGGGAUGUGAGCACACCAGUAAAGAUGACCUUGUUGGCGGGUGAUGGCUCCGACUAUGACUACAGUGCCCUGAGCUGUGCCUCUGAUACCUCCCUUAACCCACCUCCCCUACAAGAGCAGGAGGCUCAAAAGGGAGCCUUCUACAAGAGGGCGCAGCGUGCCCCUGAGCUCAGCACCAUCCAUGAUGACACACUACUGUCCAGCGCCCGCAAACUCCACGCCAUCAUCAAUGUGGGUGGCCUGCGUUACCAGCUGCCUUGGACCACCUUAGAGGACUUUCCCCUGUCUCGUCUGGGCCAGCUGCACCUCUGCAGCAGCUUUGACGAGAUCAUGGGUAUCUGUGAUGACUAUGAUGUUACACACAAUGAGUUCUUCUUCGACCGCAGCCCCUGUGCCUUCCGUACCAUCCUGACCUUCCUGCGGGCGGGGAAGCUGCGGUCCCUCAGGGAGAUGUGUGCCCUCUCCUUCAGGGAGGAGCUGCUCUACUGGGGGGUCCCCGAGGAGAGCCUGGAGUGGUGCUGUCGCCGGCGUCUGCUGCAGCGCGUGGAAGAGUUUGAAACCAUGGAGAGGGCGGAGGAGGAGGAGGAACUCCUGGAGGAUCUGUUGGAUUCAGACAGUGGCCACAGGGAGCAUCCAGCAGAGUCCAGACUCAAUCGGUGCAUGGGCAAGCUAAGAGACAUGGUGGAGAGGCCUCACUCAGGCCUCCCUGGGAAGAUCUUUGCAUGUUUGUCAGUGUUGUUUGUCACCAUCACUGCAGUCAACCUAUCCAUCAGCACCAUGCCUGCCAUGAGGGAAGAGGAGGAGGCGGGCACAUGUUCCCAGAUGUGCUACAACAUCUUCAUAGUGGAGACGGUGUGUGUGGCCUGGUUCUCCCUGGAGUUCACCCUGCGCUUCAUUCAAGACCGCAGCAAGCUGACCUUCCUCAGACAGCCCCUGAACCUGAUAGAUGUGGUGGCCAUCCUGCCAUACUACAUCACCCUUGUGGUGGACAGCACCUCCAAAGGGGAGAAGCGUCCGGGCUCUGGCAGCAGCUACUUGGACAAAGUGGGCUUGGUGCUGCGUGUCCUGAGAGCCCUGCGUAUCCUCUAUGUGAUGCGGCUAGCUCGCCAUUCGCUGGGCCUGCAGACUCUGGGCCUGACAGCACGCCGCUGCACACGGGAGUUUGGACUGCUCCUCCUCUUCUUGUGUGUGGCCAUCGCACUGUAUUCCCCCCUGCUGUACUUGAUUGAGAAUGAAAUGGGCACCACGCAGGAGUUCACCAGCAUCCCUGCUACUUACUGGUGGGCUGUCAUCACCAUGACGACAGUGGGCUACGGGGACAUGGUGCCGAGGAGCAUCCCGGGCCAGGUGGUGGCUCUGAGCAGCAUCCUGAGCGGGAUCCUCCUCAUGGCCUUCCCCGUCACCUCCAUCUUCCACACCUUCUCGCGGUCCUACGUGGAGCUGAAGCAGGAGCAGCAGAGGCUGCUGCAGAGGAGGACACACUUUCUGCUGCGGAGCCGCAUGGCUGGCCUGGGCAGCAACCUCUCACUAGAGAGUGAUAUGCUCUUCCCUAUAGGGUCGUCUGACACCAGAGACAUGGACGACUGAGACUGUUGAACAGGAAAGGACAUAAAAACUGGGAGUAGGACAGAAAGAGAAGAAGAGGGAGGCUACAAAAGAGACGAAGAAGAGAGAGAGAGAGAGAGAGAGAGAGAGAGGAGGAAGGAAUAUAGAUAGAAGGGUGGAAAGAGAAGUCUCUACAAACAAAAUACAGAGGAGAAAAAGGAUUUUUCUUCCCAGAAAUGCAGGCUUGCUGUGUAGCAGUAUACUUUCAGAUUAACAUGAAGAAUACACAGAGAGGAGAAGAGGAUGAGACGAUUAGUAUUAGCAUUAAAUAAAUGUUUCCAUCAAAAAAUGAAUUAUCUCUGGAUAAAAUGUUUUAUAUCAUAUCAUGGUCACAAAAUAUGAAAUAUAAGUCCAAUUUACAGAAUAUAAAAAACAGGUAAACCUCAUAAAGUAUUCCAGCAUAAUGAUGAUUUAUAGCAUUACAACAGUCAUUAAAAUACAUUGUGAUUAAAGAGUUUCCCCUCGGGGAUCAAUAAAGUAUUUCUGAUUCUGAUUCUGAUUCAGAGAUGUUAUUAUGAAAUAUGUUAUUUGACAAAAGAAAUAGAACUAAAGAGCACAAGCACGACGUCCUUAUGAUCCAACAACAUAGUGAUAUUUUUCAUCUCUGAUUUCUUCAGACGUUUUAAUGGAUUUGUUGAUGUCAUGUGCUCCUGGGAGUUAACCAGUGUUACUUGAUGGAAAAUGCUCUCUGCUUUUGUUCCAGAGGUUAAAUUGAAUUUCUAUCUAAGCUAAAAUGUGACCCUUAAUCCACUGAUUAUUUUCUGAAUGACUGUGCAAACUCUGAAUUAUGUUGGGUUCCUUAAUAUUUCCUCUCUCUGGCACUGUCAGCAUCCACAUAUUAAUUAUGAUGUAUUAAUUGUCCUUCUCCUACUCCUUGAGGAUCCAUAUGCAAUUUUUGAAUAUUUUUGGACAUUGAAGAUAGCAUUAUUGUGCUUGUCAUUACUGCAGUUGCUGUCUAUAGCUGUUUAUAAUUAUCAUUUCUCUCCUUAAAGUGGAUUCAAACUCAAA